ACCCGGAAGUGCGGAAGACGACGAAGAGCGAAGCUCGAAGGAUUGAAGUUUACUUGGUAAAUUCCAUCUUCAGUUUCCUUCUUUUUCAACAGCUGUUUGGACGAUUGGAUUUUUACACCCUUGAGUUCACGUACAGUCGUAUCAAGAUGCCUAAAAUUGAACAACAUCUUUUUAAUUUAAAGUUUGCUGCCAAAGAACUCCAGAGAAAUGCCAAAAAAUGUGAGAAAGAAGAAAAGGCAGAAAAGGCAAAAGUUAAAAAAGCUAUUCAGAAAGGGAAUACGGAAGUAGCAAGAAUUCAUGCUGAAAAUGCCAUCAGACAGAAGAACCAGUCCCUGAAUUUUCUGAGAAUGAGUGCUCGAGUGGACGCUGUGGCAGCUAAAGUCCAAAGCGCUGUUACAAUGAAUGGGGUCACAAAAUCCAUGGCUGGUGUAGUUAAGGGGAUGGAGGCUACUCUUAAGAGCAUGAACCUGGAAAAGAUUUCCUGCCUUAUGGACAAGUUUGAGCAACAGUUUGAAACCCUGGAUGUUCAGACGGCCCAAAUGGAGGACACCAUGAGCAGUACCACAACACUGACAACACCACAGAACCAAGUGGACUCACUGCUGCAUGAAAUGGCAGAUGAAGCAGGUUUGGACCUGAACAUGGAGCUUCCCCAGGGCCAGACUGGAUCAGUGGGGACCAGUGUGGCUUCUGUUGAACAGGAUGAGCUAUCACAAAGGCUUGCUAGACUUCGAGAUCAAGUAUAAAUGUGGACUAAUCUUACUGCAACCUUCAAGCUUUUACACACUGUACACUACCUGAUAAUAAACUCCCAACCACCUCACAUUAAUCUCUCAUGUCUCAACAUACUAAUGUCUUUGGCAGGUUAUGGUGGUGUGUGUUUUCUUUAAAUUGAGGCCUGAUUUGUUUCCCUGUUUAUAUUGUUUUGGAAGGAACUAUACUUUCAGUAAUUUGUAAAUACUGUAUUAGUUCCGCUGUAUAUCAGACUGUGUGUUAUAAUUUACACAUUUACUAUUGAGGUGGGCAAUAUUGAACAUAAGAUCAUAAAAAAAAUAUUAUUAAGCAUAAAGAAAAUCUCAAAAAUGUGUGCUUAGAAGUCCUGAGCAUGGAUUUUUUAGUAUUUCUGUUUAUGAUUACGUAGGUUUUCAUAGGCAUGUUUCAACUAUAUGUAUUUAUCUUUUGAUCUUUUUUUUGCCACAUAAUUUUAUUUCUAAAAUUUUUAAAUAACCCAUUGGAAUUGUUUCUGGUUCCUGUCUUGUUUUUGCUUUUGACAUGGGAUUUGGUAAAGGGUUAAUGCUUGAGGGGAAAAAUAAGUAGCUAAUAAAAAAAAUUAUAAGAA